AUGUGUGGACACGUUUUAGCGGGAACAAAAAAAAAACAUGACCUUGACCUCGAGCAUAGGCCUAACCUGCCCCAAAAGUGUUGGGUGAAAAGUUGCCGGUCGAUAUAUGUGAUGUUGGCGCAGGCGCCAGCAGCGUCUCCAUACUACGUGACAUCGAUCGCCUUAGCACGUGACGCAACGACGCACUUCAUAGGAUUCCUCUCAGCCACUCUGACUAAUGACUGA